AUGCUAUCCACUCUUGACCACGACUUGAGGAGUUUGGUUGCUGACUUUGGGACGUCCAAGACAUGCAAAUGGAGUGGGGAACAUAAGAAAGAGGCACAGGCGAUGCAGCCGUAUCAAACGAUGUUGUUGACGUGCGGAGGUGGCGAAGCGGGCAGUGUUAGGGUCACGGACGCAGCAAACUGCGAUGGAGAGGUUCUGGUGGAUCUGGUCAGGGAUGCUUCGACAGUGGAGGAUCUGAGAACGGUGUGCGCCGGCGGCGGGACCAAAGCUACGAGUGGCAGUUUAACAAAUGCUGAGAAAUGUACUGGUGGCGGUUAA